GAUUUGAACCAGCUGAUUUUGACAUUUUGACAUUCUAAUAAUUUUGGUUUACAAAAAUUAUUUCUACGUUUGUACAAAAGUUCAAAAGAUGAAAAGAAUAUGAAAAACUUUUAUUACGUAAACAUGUUAAGUUGAGUGUUAAUGUGCGGCUGGCGGCAUAUUCUUACUUAUCGAUCGAAACAAAAAAAAACACAAUGAAUAUCAUGGGUCUUGGAAGGAUUAUAUGGAAUAUUGGACCAAAAAACAGCUUAUUAUCACACCUUAAAUACGUCUCUUGUUGGUCAUGUGGAAAAAAUGACUCCAAUUUGCUUUCUAACCUAUUUUGCCCACAUUGCAAAGCAUUGCAGAAGCCUGACAAAUCAGAAAACUUCUUUAAAAUACUUGGUGUGAAAGAAACCUAUGAUUUAGAUGAGACUGAGUUAUCUAAAAAGUACAAAGAUUUGCAGAAAAAUUUACAUCCAGAUAAAUACGCAAAUAGAAAUAAAGAAGAGCAAGAUAUUUCAGCCCAAUAUUCAUCAAUGGUUAAUGAUGCAUACAAAACCCUAUUGGAACCACUUGCAAGAGGUGUUUAUAUGCUGCGUCUAAGAGGUAAAGAAAUUCCUGAAAACACAGAAGCAGAUCAAGAAUUCCUAAUGAAAAUCAUGGAGAAGAAUGAAGAAGUUGAAGAAGCGAAUACAGAAGAAGAAAUAAUGAAACUCAAUAGAGAAAACAAAGCAAUUAUACAAGAUUUACAGAAGAAACUCUCUAGAGCAUUCUUUGAUGGCGACCUAAAAAGAGUGACCAAGUUAUUGACUUAUAUGAAGUAUUAUACUAUUAAUGCACACUAUCCAUUUUCACGUGUGCUGAAUGGAUCGCCAACAACAAUACAACAGUAUCCCAUUCUGGCUCAACUGUUGUUGGAUGCAUGGGGCAACCAACAGUAUGUCCAACAUUGUGCCGGUGUCAUACUCACGUCUCGACAUUUGAUAUCCUCUGCGCAUUGUUUCCAAUACAGCCGAGAUACGGGUAGAGAUUACUCCCUACCACAAUAUUGGAAAGUUCGUGUCGGUUCAACUUACCGUACCCGAGGAGGAGUUUUGCAUAAGAUUAAAACAAUAAUCCCGCAUUAUGGCUUUGACAAAAGCUAUUACACAAAUGACAUAGCUGUUGUUGUUGUAGCUAAAAAGUUUACUAUAGGCAACCUUGUUAGACAGGGUACGAUUAUAAAGCCAGAUAGUGAACUAUUAUCCAAUUCUGUUUGCACGUUGGUUGGAUGGGGCGUUAUUGAGAAAAAUGGUCCGCAGCCAGAUCAGCUUCAACAUACGAUGUUGCUUGUUAUAGAACAAGAAUACUGCAAAGCACAGUAUCAAACACUUGGUGCUAUUAUAACAGAUUCGAUGUUAUGUGCAGGCCGCAUGGACGUUGAUGGUGUGGACGGCUGCUUUGGCGAUUCUGGAGGACCCUUAAUUUAUAAAGGCGUUGUAGUUGGUCUUGUCUCGUUUGGCUAUGCCUGUGGACAGAAGUUUUAUCCUGGAGUUUAUACAAAAGUAUCACAUUAUACAGAUUGGAUUAUAAAAACAAUAUCGAAUAAUAAAUAACUAU